GCUCAGCGCAAGAUGACCCGCAGCCCCAAAUGCGCCCGCUGUCGAAACCACGGCGUCGUGUCGUGCUUGAAAGGCCACAAGCGCUUCUGCCGCUGGAGGGACUGCCGAUGCGCCUGCUGCCUGCUGGUGGUGGAGCGCCAGCGCGUCAUGGCAGCGCAGGUUGCGCUGAGAAGGCAGCAGGCUGCCGAGGUGAGAAGAGGGCAUGGACAGGGUAAAAAGGGGGUCAAGUGUUCAGCUCCAUUGAGGAGAACAGCAUAUCAGUGUUUUACCAAAGCAGCUGACUCAAGCAUUGUGGCUAAGAGCCACCCGCAGGGGCUAAAACAUCUGAUGACCUCAGAGGACGGUGUGUCCAGUUGGUCUAAGCAGCGCCACCAAAGCCACUUCCCGUGCCCCUCCAUCAGCGCCCGCAUGAGGAAGAGGCGAGCCUUUGCAGACAAAGAGCUGGAAAACGUGAUGCUGGAGCGCGAGUUAAGACAGAAAGAGCUGCAGAGCGAAGUUUCCUUCUCUCCCUCCGCUCUCAUGCCUGUACUUCAUCCUCUACCUCUCCCCGUCUCCCCAUGCCUCCGCUGCUGCUCAACCAACAAGGACUCUUCCUCUGCAGGGACUUCCAGCUGCGUGCCUGUAUAUAAAUAUAAGCAGCUCUGUGACUGUGGCCUCCAGUUUUAUGAUUUCUUCCACCUAAAGAGUAGGCGCUCCACAGGAGACCACUAUGAUGACUUUUUAUCAACCCAGAGCUCAGCGCAGCACAGGGAGGAUAAAGAGACGCAGAAUGGUUGGAGAGACUGUGGGAAGAGAGGCGAGCCAGAGCCAACACCCCCAGCAUCACAGCAACGACUCAAAACCGAUAACGGCGUACCGUGCAUCUGCUUUGUCAAACCGAUGUUAAAACAAACAGAAACAAUCAACUUAGAUCAUUUUUCAACAUCCAGACUCUCAACGUUUGGAUCAGAUCUGCCUGUUCUAAAUGAAUUGGGUGUCCCGGCUCACAGCAGGACUUUUGAUUCCAGACAUUUAGCAGGAAGAGGCUGGAACAUGGGGCCUCCUUCCACCGAAGCAAACCCUUGUUUGGACUUUGUGGAGGGUUCUCAUCGUGGCUCAGUGAGGACUCCGACCGCAAAGCCUCUGCCUUUUUCUGUGGAGGCUCUGCUGAGAGCCUGACAGGCAAAUAAAUGGAAAGUCAGUCUAAGUGCACUUUGCAAUAUGAGAACUUGAAUUUAAAGCUAUAAAUAUAAUAACUCCAAUCCAAGCAACACAUAUGCAUUAUUUAAAUGUAAGGCAUAUUUUUGCAAUUCUGUAUAUACUGCUGCAUAGUACUUAUUAAAGAUAAAUAUUUUUGGUUACCAUAAUUUCAUGUAAAAGUCUGCUUUGGCUAUAUUUCUGAACACCAAUAUCUUCAUCCUCCUAUGCAGUGCAAUAAAAAUAUAUCAAAUCCA